AUGGACGCCAGUGCCCUGCUCGCAAGCCAAGGCUGGCGAGGCAAGGGUCACUCUCUCCACAAAACCGACGACUCCAUCGGCCUCGCGAGGCCGCUCCUCCUCAAUCGCAAAGACAACACCAAGGGCCUCGGAACCACACCACACUUCACCAGCGACCAGUGGUGGAUGAAUGCCUUUGACGAGCAACUAAAGGGCCUAGAGACAUCUAAAGAAGGCAAGGUCACACAGACCCUCAAGACUGGUAAACUAAACGCCAUUGAGAAUGGCUCCUUGGGAAAAUAUUCCCUCUAUGCCUCAUUUGUACGCGGCGGCUUCCUCCAAGGGACGUUGUCCGCGAGCGAGACCUCGAGCGAUGCCGAGGGCGAGAGCAGUGAGACCCCUGCAACGAGCGAGCCCGAUGGCAAGGCGGAAAAGAAGGCCCGAAAGGAAGAAAGGAGGAGGCUGAAGGAUGUAAAAGUGGCCAGCAGGAGAGAGAGAGAGGAGAAGAGACGGAAGAAGGAGAUUCAGCGGCAUGCGGAACAGGGAGCGAUCCCAGAAACUAAGGGGGAACGGAGAGCGAGAAAGGAGGAGAAGAGGAGGAGGCUCAAGGACGGCAAGCCAAGGGAAAAGGCCGAGAGACGGACGACAAAAGAGGAGCGGAGGGCCAGGAAAGAAAGCAGGAGGAGGGAGAAGCAAACCGUACAGGUCGCUUGUUGUUGA